CAGCCCCGGCGCUAGCGCGGAGGCGGUGCCGGGCGCGGCGCAGCGCGGAGGAUGCUGCGGGAGGGGGGAGCCGCCGCUGCCAGCCCCGGUGCCGGUACCGGGCGGGAGGGUGGCCCUCUGAGACCCCCCCGUUGAGCCCCCCCACCCCAGCCCGGCCAUGGGGGCGCUGACCAGCCGGCAGAACGCAGGGGUGGAGGAGGUGGACGUCCCCGCUAAUUCCGUCUAUAGGUACCCCCCGAAAUCCGGGAGUUAUUUCGCCAACCACUUCAUCAUGGGCGGCGAGAAGUUCGACUCCACGCACCCCGAGGGUUACCUCUUCGGCGAGAACAGCGACCUCAACUUCUUGGGGAACCGCCCCGUGCUGUUCCCUUACGCCGCUCCGCCUCCCCAGGAACCCGUCAAGACCCUCAGGAGCCUGAUCAACAUCCGCAAGGACACCCUGCGCCUCGUCAAGUGCUCGGAGGAGGUGAAGACCCCGGGGGAAGAAGUGAGCAAAGCCAAGGUGCACUACAACGUGGAGUUCACCUUCGACACGGACGCCCGCGUGGCCAUCACCAUCUACUACCAGGCGAGCGAGGAGUUUCACAACGGGGUGGCGAGCUACGUCCCCAGGGACAGCAGCCUGCAGUCGGAGACAGUGCACUACAAGCGGGGCGUGUGCCAGCAGUUCUGCGUGCCCUCCCACACCGUCGACCCCUCCGAGUGGACCGAGGAGGAGCUGGGCUUCGACCUGGACCGGGAGGUGUUCCCCAUGGUGGUGCACGCGGUGGUGGAUGAAGGCGAUGAGCACGCCGGGCACAGCCACGUGCUGCUGGCCACCUUCGAGAAGCACGCCGACGGUACCUUCUGCGUGAAGCCACUCAAGCAGAAGCAAGUGGUGGACGGGGUGAGCUACCUGCUGCAGGAGAUCUACGGCAUCGAGAACAAGUACAACACGCAGGACUCCAAGGUGGCGGAGGACGAGGUGAGCGAUAACAGCGCCUGAGUGCGUCGUCUGCCUGUCCGACGUCCGCGACACCCUCAUCCUGCCCUGCCGCCACCUCUGCCUCUGCAACACGUGCGCCGACACCCUGCGCUACCAGGCCAACAACUGCCCCAUCUGCAGGCUGCCUUUCCGAGCCUUGCUGCAAAUCCGAGCCAUGAGGAAGAAGCUGGGGCCCCUCUCGCCCACCAGCUUCAACCCCAUCAUCGCCUCGCAGACCUCCGACUCCGAGGAGCACUCG